UAUCAAGUUGCUGGUUUUUCAUUGCACUAACCAACCAGGCUCGUUGACCGAACCUAAUAGGCUCGGAACUCCACUAUAUAUCACAUUUCGCCUAAUACAAGCAUCAGAAAAAUAUAAGCAGAUAUUUUUCUUUCGCUCUAAGACUGGUCUGGGGACGUAUACAGAUAUAGAAGACAGGAUCAGAUGGCGCUAGUUUCUGGAGGAAGUUCAAGGUUGAACCCUAAUGCCCCACUUUUCAUUCCAGCUGCUUUUAGGCAGGUGGAGGAUUUUUCCCCUGAAUGGUGGCAACUAAUUACUACCUCCACUUGGUACCGAGACUACUGGCUCAGUCAACACCAGGGCGAGGAUGGCUUUUAUGACAAUGAUCAAGAUGAUUUUGAUUUUGAUUGCACCAAUGUUGCUGACUUGCUUCCUGAUACUUUUGACCUUGAUGUUGGUGACAAUUUCUCAGCGCAAUUUGAUGAUUUCGUUGCGUCUUAUGAAACUGAAUUCGAAAAUGUUUCGUCCCCUCUACCUGCUAAUGCUGGGUUGGAAAAGGAUGCAGAAGUCUUCAAGAAUUUGAGCUUGUUGAAGUCUCCCAAGGCGUCGUCCUUGGAGCCCGCAAAAUAUGCUGAGAAGGCAGCCAAGUAUGUGAACCCAAAGUGCAGUCCCCGCUGCAUCCAGCAACCUCGUUGAAAAGGGGAAUAUGCAAUGGCUUUAGCUUACAGUUUAUCCAACAACCAACUAGAGUAAUGUAGUUUCCGCAUUCUGUAAUUGCUGUAAAGAGCAAGGUUGCAACUCUUGUAUAACUCCUUGUUCAUUCUCGUGUCUUUGUUUUCAGUUAACCAAAGAAACCUUAAGAAAAAUGUAAAAAAAUGAAAUUGUACAAGUUUAGAAAAAUGAGGAAAAAAAAUUUCUGUU